UCAGUUCUGAUGGAGCUUAUACACCUGCAUACACCUCUGACCAAGUAUAUUUCUCUGCAGUUAAAUGGGCAAAGUUCACCAAAGUUCAAACACUAUGGGAUUUGAAUUGCUGCAUCUCUGCUCUGCUGCCCUCCUGUGUAUUUUGAAAGCAGCAAAUAUAGAAGGACAGUGUACACUGCCUUCUUUUGAAUCAAGGAAUGUUACCUCAUCAGGAUAUUAUAGUCCAGGUCACACUUUCCAAGAUGGAUCUGUUUUAACAUUUGAGUGCAUGUCUGGGCACAAACCUGUUGAUUCAAGAGCAAUUAAAUCAAUUACUUGUAUGCGAAGCCAGUGGACAAAUCUGGGGCUCAGUUGCACAAGGAAAUCCUGUGGGAGUCCUCCAGAAUUUGCAAAUGGGAGAUAUGAAAUAACUGGAGUUUUAUUUGGUGACACAAUUAAACCCAUUUGUAACAAAGGAUUUAUGUUAGUUGGGUAUGGGUUAACACAAAGAGUGUGUCGAGAUGGAGGAUGGGAUAGCAGAGAUCCAGUUUGUGAAUCGGUGAAAUGUGCAGCACCACCAACUGUAGAAAAUGGACAUCUUCUACAUGAGCCUCUGGAAAGUUAUGAAUAUACACACGUCUUGACCUACAGAUGUAAUUCUGGGUUUAGUCUUAGUGGAAGUCCAAACCUUCAUUGUUCUGAUGAUGGGACCUUUAAACCAGAUCCACCCAAAUGUUUGGAUGGGUGUCCAAAGCCUGAAAUUCCACAUGCAAUUAGAAUUGGUGGAAAAUCUCCCCCAUACAAAAUAGGACACUUUAUAGAGUACAAAUGUCAAGAUCUCUAUACACUGAAAGGAAUAAAGGAAAUCGCCUGUACAGCAGAAGGAUGGGAUCCUGAACCACCAAAGUGCAUUGAGCCUUGUAGUUUGCCGGAUUUUGGAAGAAAAGUCACUUUAACAAAAGAAUUCAGCUCCAAAAACCUUUUUCCACAUGGAUCUAAAGUAACAUUUAAGUGCAGCAGUGGAUAUGAGCCAGUUGAUUCAACAGCAUCUAAUUCAGUUACUUGUGAGGAAACCAAAUGGACAAAACUGCACCUGACCUGCAAAGCAAAACCUCAACCACCUCCAGUCAUAGAAAAUGGGAAAAUUGAAGCUGUCAUUUACAAAUGUAACAGUGGCUUUUUUCUGAAUGGAAGUUCAAUGCUACUUUUUUCAGAGGAUGGGACGUUUGAACAAGAUCCACCAAAAUGUUUGGGUAAAUUAUAAUUAAAAGGCCACUAAAUAAAAAUGAUAUAAUUGUCCUUAUUGUGACUUUUGAGAUGUCGAAAAAUGUGUAGUCUCUUAUUUUAUUUCAGAUGGGUGUCACAUUUGAAAUGUAAAAUAUUACAAUUUAAGACAGAUUGCAUAUUUUAAAAUUCUUAUUUGCUAUACAUUCUUCAGAUUUUCAAUUCAUCAAACUUGCAUUUACUUGCAGUAAAGUUGCCUGCAGAGAGCAUUACAUUACACUCUCAUUAGAAAGGGUUAUUUAUUGGCAUCGAUGGUUCUAUAAAGAACCUGCAGCAUACUUGGAACUUUUCAUCCCACAAAACAUUCUUUGCAGUGGGGGAAAAAAAUUCACUAUUGAAAAAAAAGGGUUUUUUGAAGAACUUUUUAGAAAAUGGUUCUUUGUGGAACCAAAAAAAUAAUAAAUUAAGAAUCUUUAUUUCUUACCACUGACCCUUGAUUUUUAAAGGUGUAUCAUAUUUGUACAAAUUAUUGUUUUGUUUUUUUACACUUUGGUAUACUAAGUAACUGUGUAUUUUACUGUUACUGACUAUGAAAAAUACCUCUUUCUUCAGCAGAAUCUCUCUGAGCUGAAAAAUGCCUUGGAGGGCAAAGGUAAAUUGUUACCAUUGCCUUAAUUCUUAGCUUAAUGACAUUUACUGAGUAAAUUUAAAUUUAAAUAAUUAACUAAAGUUAUAAUUAAUUGUUGUAUAAUCGUUAGAGUUCUCAUGUAAACUAUGGAAAAGCUUCCAUAACUUUGCAAUAUUUGAUUUUAUAUUAAGAAAAAAAGAUUUUAUAUAUAUCAUAACCCCCCCCCCCCC